AAGCUGUGUGACCGAGUAGCUUCUUCCACUCUGUUGGAUGACCGGAGGGAUGCUGUGCGUGCUCUUAAAUCAUUAUCCAAGAAAUACCGGCUGGAGGUAGGCAUACAGGCUAUGGAACAUCUCAUCCAUGUUCUUCAGACAGACCGUUCAGAUUCUGAAAUAAUUGGCUAUGCCUUGGACACUCUCUACAAUGUAAUAUCGAAUGACCUAGAAGAGGAGGAGCAAGAUGAUUCUGAAGAAGAAAAUUUACCAAAACAAGUUGAUGAUUUGGGAAGUCAGUUCACGGAGAUUUUCAUUAAACAGCAAGAAAAUGUCACACUCUUGUUAACUCUUGUGGAGGAAUUUGAUUUCCAUGUUCGUUGGCCUGGAGUGAAACUACUUACAUCUCUUUUAAAGCAGCAAGGACCUCAAGUGCAGCAGAUAAUUCUUGUCAGCCCUAUGGGUGUUUCCAGACUCAUGGAUUUACUAGCAGACUCUAGGGAGGUUAUACGAAAUGAUGGAGUUUUGCUGUUACAGCAAUUGACAAAAAGCAAUGCAGCCAUACAGAAGAUUGUUGCCUUCGAAAAUGCCUUUGAGAGACUUCUGGAUAUCAUAACAGAAGAAGGAAACAGCGAUGGAGGAAUAGUAGUGGAAGACUGUCUCCUCCUAUUACAGAACUUGUUGAAGAAUAAUAAUUCCAAUCAGAAUUUCUUCAAAGAAGGUUCAUACAUUCAGCGUAUGAAGCCUUGGUUUGAAGUUGGAGAUGACAACUGUGGGUGGUCUGCACAGAAAGUAACUAAUCUUCACCUAAUGCUGCAGCUUGUGCGGGUACUAGUGUCUCCCACAAAUCCUCCUGGUGCUACCAGCAGUUGUCAGAAGGCGAUGUUUCACUGUGGGUUGUUACAGCAGCUCUGCACCAUCCUGAUGGGAACUGGAGUUCCUACCAUUAACACUGUAUCAGAGGUCAUUCGAGGAUGCCAGAUGAAUCAAGACUACUUUGCCUCUGUAAAUGCACCUUCUAAUCCACCAAGGCCUGCAAUUGUAGUACUUCUGAUGUCUAUGGUAAACGAAAGGCAGCCUUUUGUGCUACGUUGUGCUGUUCUCUAUUGUUUCCAGUGCUUUUUAUACAAAAACCAAAAAGGACAAGGGGAAAUCGUUUCAACGCUUCUGCCAUCUACUAUUGACGCUACAGGUAACUCUGUCUCAGCGGGUCAGCUGCUCUGUGGGGGCCUCUUUUCCACGGACUCUCUCUCAAACUGGUGUGCUGCUGUGGCCCUGGCCCACGCGUUACAGGAAAACGCCACUCUGAAAGAGCAGCUCCUCAGAGUUCAGCUAGCCACGAGCAUCGGCAACCCGCCGGUGUCGCUGCUGCAGCAGUGCACCAACAUCCUCUCACAGGGUGAUAAGAUCGACAGACGGGGCAGCAAAGUACAGACCAGGGUUGGACUACUGAUGUUGCUUUGCACUUGGCUAAGCAACUGCUCCAUUGCUGUCACCCACUUCCUUCACAACCCAGCCAAUGUACCUUUUCUCACAGGGCAGAUAGCUGAAAACCUUGGAGAAGAGGAGCAGCUUGUCCAAGGCCUGUGUGCGCUUUUGCUUGGCAUUUCCAUCUACUACAAUGACAAUUCCCUUGAAAACUACAGGAAAGAGAAGCUGAAACAGCUGAUUGAGAAGAGGAUUGGCAGGGAGAACUUCAUUGAGAAGCUUGGCUUCAUUAGCAAACAUGAACUUUAUUCCAGAGCUGCUCAGAAACCACAGCCUAGUUUUUCUAGCCCUGACCACAUGAUGUUUGAUCAUGAAUUUACCAAACUUGUAAAGGAAUUAGAAGGUGUCAUAAGUAAAGCUAUUUACAAGUCCAGUGAGGAAGAUAAAAAGGAGGAGGAGGUCAAGAAGACAUUGGAACAGCAUGACAACAUUGUGACUCACUACAAAAAAGUCAUUAGAGAGCAGGAUCAGGAGCUUGAAGAAUUAAAACAACGAGUUAACACUUUAACAUCUCAAAAUGAACAGCUCCAAGCAACAGUUACACAGCAAGUGUCGCAGAUCCAACAGCAUAAGGACCAAUAUAAUCUCCUUAAAGUACAGCUAGGAAAGGACACUCAACAUCAUAAUUCCCACAGUGAUACGUUUCAGAUGAAUGGUAUUCAGACAGAAGAAGUGAGCAAAUUGAAAGAGGAGUUGGAAGAAUGGAAAAACAAGCAUGAACUACUGCAAGGGCAGUUAAAGGAAAAGGAUUCUGUGAUUGAAAAAUUGAAAUCUUCACAGUUGGAGAUGGGAACAACAGAGCAGUCUUCACAGACCAGCAAAUCUGGUGGCUUGGAGCUCAAUAAUGAACUACAGAAGGAACUGGAAAUGCUCAGGAGUCAGAUACAACUACAGUCUGCAGAAAUCUCUAAGCUUCAGAUUGAGAAUCAAAAGCUACAACUAAUGAAUACAACUGCAGAUCCUGUGUUAGCAGACAGCUGUGUAGCAGCAGUAAACAACUCUGAAUUAGAGGGACAACUUCAGCAAGAAAUAAAAGAAUUGAAGAAUGAAGUCAAAGCCCUUUCUGAGGAAAAAGAAACACUAAAACAGCAUCUGGAUUCAUCCAGUAGUACAGUUGCUAUAUUGCAAGAUGAGAAAAGUAAGCUUCAGCAAGAAGUUGCAGAAUCAAAGAAAGAACAAGAUGAUCUUCUGGUGCUUUUGGCUGAUCAGGAUCAGAAACUAUCUGCACUGAAGAUAAAAUUGAAGGAUCUCGGUGUACCGGUUGAAGAUGAAGAUGAUAUUGAAUCUGGAGAUCAAGGAGAUGAAGAUGAAGAUGGGGAUGAAGAGGAGCAAGACUAG